AUGUCUAUACCAUACAGAAUUAAUGAUGAUUACGAUGAGAAGACGAAUUUGACUGUAGGCAUUGAGGUUCUGCAAACUGUACUUGGUGCCCUGGUGAUGUGCGCGAUUUUGAUUAGCUACUGCAUUGACCAGAAGUUCUUGGUGCGGAUCGCUAAUCAAUUAAUUAUCAUCGAGUAUGAGAUAGAUCGUCUGUAUGAUCUAUAUUAUUCGCUACGACGACAGCGUAUCUUCUAUACUAUAAUCAUCGUUUGCAUCUUGAAGAUUUGUCUGCUGAUACUUCUCCUGUGUACUGAAAUUCUGGGCAUCCAAACGGGCCCAGUCUCAUGGCUGACAGAUGUUCUGCCGACAUUUUACGUGGGUUGGCUACUGAUACAGUAUUUCCUGUUGGUAACGGUCAUUCAGACAGAUUUUGCUGAUGUAAAUCGAGCGAUACAAAGCCUUACCAGUACAUCUGACUUUCGACUGCAGUCUCUCUAUCAAACGCGUUGUAUCGUAGUCAACAAUUCGGCCGUUCAUCAACUCUUGCAAUUGCGAGAUGUGCAUUGUCAUCUCUGUAAAAUGUCUAAUGAUGUAUCGAGUUUCUAUUCACUACCAGUACUAUUCGGCAUCAUUUUUCUCUUUCUAACACUCAUAUAUAAUGGUUACUGGGUUCUUUCACCUCUGUUGAUGAAGACCUUAGAUUAUGGGACUCUUAGUAAUGGCAUUAUCUGGAUAAUAUUUCUGAUUUAUCCCAUCUCUCUCCUUACCAAUAGAAUUACCAGCAUUUUAAUCGAGAUUAAGACAACGGGCAAUAUAGUGCAUGAUCUUUUAAACUGUGCAAUCGGGAAAGAGACAAAAACAGAGCUCAAGAAAUUUUCGCUUCAAUUAUUACAUCGCAAAAUACAGUUUACAGCUAACGGAUAUUUUAUUCUCGAUAAUACUUUUCUUCAUUCGCUGAUUGGCACGAUGAUGACAUAUUUGGUAAUACUUGUGCAAUUUCAAAUGACAAGCUUGUUUUCAUCAGUUAAACAGCACAUAAUCUCUUCCUGUAACUCUACAAAGAGAGAUUUAAAAUAA